AUUUUGGAUUGCUUGUGGUUUUGCUUAUAAAAUGUGUGACUGGCAUUUUGUAUGUUAAUACUUUAAAACACACAUGUCUAAAACUUCCUAAUACCGUAAGUGAAUAGUAAGGUAGUAUUUGUUUGCUACAAAGAAAAUGGGCUAGAGUUGGACUGACUGCCAGCUGUGGAAUUUUGUCAACUUUGAUUUGAGAAUAUACAUGUAUCACUUAACAGUAAAACACAACCAGGAUGCUAACUACACCGAAUCUCAAAGCUAAAUCACUUACUCAAAGCAUCUAUUGAAAUUAUUUAAAUACACGCAGUUCUAGGUAACUCGACGGGGCAUAAAGACCUGAUGAAUUUAAAAAAGGAUCAAAAACAACUUUAAAUGCAAAAUGUUACGACCUCGAACCAUUCAAACAAAAAGAUGUCGGCUUGAAACUUAACACAUCCAAAAUACUUCUGAAGAUAUCUGAACUAACCACAGGAUACAGCGUGUGAAUUGACUAUCACCCGAUGUCACUGGCUACUUGUGCAAUGUGAAUAUAGUGCCAAGCCUGACCUACACACAUUUUUGACAGAAAAGAUCAACAUGACGUAUCCAACAGCACUAUCCAUGCUAGUCUUCACGGGUGCAGUGUUUUCUGGGUUUUGCCAAGAGACUUGCAAAUUUGGGGGAUACACGUGUAAAUGUGAAUCAGUGGAGAAUCACACUGAAGUACGUUGUACCAGUAUCAGAGAUAGAAUAUUAAAGAAGUUGUAUUCCCUAACAACGAAUAACAUUGAAUUAGUAAGUUUAGCUCAUAACCGAAUAGAACAUGCCCCUGACGGCGUAUUUGAUUCUCUGAACAGUACACUGAAGAAUUUAUCAUUAAGUCACAAUGUUUUAGAUAGAAUACCAGCGAGUAUCUUAACACUUACAAAAAUGAGAGAACUAUUAUUGGAUUACAAUUCAAUUUUUGUGGUUAGCAGUAACACAUUCCAAGGUCUUCCACAGCUACUAAGGAUUGAUCUGGAUAAGAAUGAUAUUGAGACAAUUGAAGAUCAGGCUUUUGAGGGAUUGGGGUGUUUGACAAAUCUAGAGAUGCAAGGAAACCGAUUGAGAGAUAUACCAACUCAAGCGCUAAUUGUCUUGGAGUCCCUUGAGAUGCUAACACUGUCAUAUAACUAUAUCAAAAUGAUUCCAGCGAAUGCUUUCAAGAGCAACACACGAUUGAAGACCAUUGACUUAUCUCAUAAUGAAUUAGCUAAUUCAAAUCCGGUACCAAUCGAUGCGUUUGCCGGGUUGGAGUGUACACUUGAAGUGUUGAACUUGGGGCUAAACUACCUCACAGAGAUACCAUCUGAUGCCCUGAAUCGUCUGGCAAAUUUGAAAACACUAUAUCUGCACCAUAACGGUUUCAGGAACGUCUCGGCAUAUGCGUUCUCUGGCUUGACAUCACUCACAAAAUUGUCGCUUCAAGGAGGAAAAAUCACUAAUAUAGAUGAUAAUGCCUUAGUAGGGCUUGAGAAUACACUAAAUAAACUGAACGUUGGAUAUAAUAAAAUAGAAAGCAUUGAUCAAUGUAUGAUAAGGGCGUUCACAAAUCUGACCGGUCUUUACUUCUCCUACAACAAGAUUCCGUGUAAUUGUUCAUAUAUUUGGCUGAGAAAAUGGUUAAACGUAAGUCGCAAUUACGACACAAAUAAUUGCUUAUCUGAUAAAACUGUAACAGGACUCAAAGAAUGGGAAGCUUUUCUUCAAAAUUGCCCGAAUGCCCCGAUGCCAAACUGUAGCAGGACCCCUGCAGAAGUACAACAACCACCUGUCCCAACUGCAAGUAUUUGCAAGGCAACAGUUGUAACAUCAUGUAGUGCUGUCCCAAAUGAGUCAAACACACAAAUAAAUGUUACACAAAUAACCACCAACCAACCAAGCAUGGGACUAUCAAGAGCAUCAGUAUUAUCAACAUCUGUACCAACUCAACUCCCAGCAACGCCAGUACCAACACAAACAAUGUCGACGUCAGUACCAACACAAGCAUUGAAGACGUCGGUAUCAUCAAAAGAAGUAGCAACGCCAGUACUAAGGACGUCGUCAUCAACACAAGUAGAAGCAACGUCAGUAUCAAAACCAGCACCAACCCCACCACUAACAUCUAUGUUAGUGAUAACGCAAGAAAUAACAACAACUUCAGAAUCAAUCCCGGCACUAACAACAACAUCGGCAGUUACAACAACAUCAGUACCAAAACGAGCACAAACUGUACCUACAAUAACACCAACACCAGUUUCAACUGUACCAACACCAUCAGUACAUAUACCACCAACAAACGCAUCAAACGGCACGGGUAUAUCGAAUCCAAGUAAAUCGAACGAUUCACAAAACACCGGAAUGAUUGCAGGAGUAGUGGUGUCACUAGUAGUAGUAGCCAUUCUGAUAGCUCUUGGAAUUUACUUCAUCAUCUUCAAGCGAAAGGCUGGACAGUGUAUGCUACGUUCCCGUAGCAUUAGAUCAAGAGGAUAUAGAGAAACGGAUGUUUUAGUAUUGAAUUAAGCAUUUCCAUUUGCAUAUAGAGAAAAAUUACUACGUGAAUUGGAGGCUGAAUCCUGCCCUUCUGAAAUAGAUUAAAAUGAUUUGCAUAAAAAACGAACGUACCUCGAAGCUGUACACAUAUUGUUCGGUGAUACUCCCUCGAACUGCUUGUUGUGAAUUUGACAAAAACAUCGUUUCGUGCUGGUUGCAAAUAAUAGUAUCUAUAUUUCUUUUAAUUCACAGGUUUGUAGUAUAAACCUGAUGGGUGGUGGAGGGGAAUGGGCGGCUAUUUUAAUUGUCAGAACAAAUGUAAAUAGAAUAUAAAUGUCCAUGUAAAUGUACUGUACUAUAGCAAAUGAUAUAUAUCUUAGACUUAACUUAAAAUAAGUUAAUGACCUUGUGUUGAAUGCAUUCUAGAAAAACAUCAAUUUAAAGCUGAGAUGUAGUCCCAGGGAAAAAGGUGUAUUCACCUUCUUGAGAAGUGUCAGUCACAAUCAAUACUGUACAUGUAGAUCAGCUGUGCGAACGGUCGGCUAAACUUCUCAUCUGGUUUAAGAGAUAAUAUAUGUGUUAGACUCUAAUAUUCAUUCUAAGAUUCUGAUUGUAACCUUAUUGAUAGCAAAUGAUGAGCAAGUGGUUAAUAUACAGAAGGGAGGUUAAGA